AUGCUAAAGCGCUCCGGCCGCCAGCCACAGGCGCCGGCGCAAGAGUCGCUCAUCGAUAAGAUCUACCAAUUCCGUGGCGCCUGUCUAAUGGUGGCACUCCCUCUGCUCCUCAUCACACUCAUACUUUACAUCAUACCUUCCACCUCUUCCAAUGAAUCCAUCGAGGAUUACGCCCUAACGCACCGUAAGAUUUCUCCUGAUCGUAAACUAUCCGAUUCGUUUGCUGUCAUUUUCGACGCUGGUAGCUCCGGUAGCCGCGUUCACGUCUUUCGCUUUGAUCGGAACCUUGAUCUUGUUCACAUUGGUAAUGAUCUCGAGGUUUUCUUGCAGAUAAAACCUGGUUUGAGUGCUUAUGCACAGGAUCCACGACAGGCAGCGGGAUCUCUUAUUUCUCUCUUGGAUAAAGCGGAAAGUGUCGUUCCUUUGGAGUAUCGCCCCAUGACACCCGUUCGAGUUGGGGCAACUGCAGGAUUGCGGGCUUUGGAAGGGGAUGCUUCUGAUAGGAUCUUGCAAGCGGUCCGAGAUUUGCUUAAGCAAAGAAGUACUCUAAAAUCAGAGCCUGGUGCAGUUGCUGUGCUAGAUGGAACCCAAGAAGGUGCUUUUCAAUGGGUGACUAUUAACUAUCUAUUGGGAAAGUUGGGAAGAGAUUAUUCAGACACUGUCGGGGUAGUUGAUCUUGGAGGCGGAUCUGUUCAAAUGGCAUACGCCAUCUCAGAGACAAAUGCUACCAAGGCUCCAAAAGUACCCGAUGGAGAAGACCCAUAUGUCAAGGAGAUGUUCCUGAGGGGAAGGAAAUAUUACCUCUAUGUUCACAGUUACUUACGCUAUGGUUUACUAGCAGCUCGGGCAGAGAUUUUAAAGAUUUCUGAUGAUUCUGGAAACCCUUGCAUUUUAACUGGCUAUGAUGGGUCGUACAAUUAUGGAGGAAAGUCAUUUAAGGCCUCAUCCUCCCCUUUUGGCUCAAGCUUGAAUGAAUGUAAAGACAUAGCUCUUAAGACUCUCAAGGUUAAUGAGUCAAUAUGUACACAUAUGAAGUGCACUUUUGGUGGGAUAUGGAAUGGUGGCGGCGGCGAUGGACAGAAGAACCUUUUUGUAGCUUCAUUUUUCUUCGACCGGGCCGCAGAGGCUGGUUUUGCUGAUAAAAAGUCACCUGUCGCAAAGGUUCUUCCAGUGGAUUUUGAGAAAGCAGCAAAGCUAGCUUGUCAAACAAAACUCGAGGAUGCCAAAUCCACUUAUCCAAAUGUCGAGGAAGGGAACCUUCCAUAUUUAUGCAUGGAUCUUGUAUACCAGUAUACACUGCUUGUUUUUGGAUUCGGCCUAGAUCCAUUGCAGCAGAUUACAUUAGUGAAGCAAGUUAAAUAUCACAAUUCUCUUGUUGAAGCUGCAUGGCCCCUAGGCAGUGCCAUAGAAGCGGUAUCAUCUGUACAAUGA